UAACGUUUGGCGAGUUUGAUUGCUUGCAGGUUGUUUGGAUAGUGAACAUAGUAAAAAGCAGCUCAUUCCUGGAGAAAGACGAUCCACGAAAGGAAAGAACCAAAACAUACCGACCUGCGCAAACUGGAAAAGUGGAAAAUAAAGUUUACAAUCGGUUCUAGCGUUGGUGAAAGGGAUUUUGUCGACUUUGCCUAAUAUACAUUUUUAUUGCUUUUAGAAUUGAAACUACUGCGCUGGAAUGAGUUGUGUGUGGAAUUUGCUGGUCUAAAUACCCGAAACAGGAGGAGUGUCGGUGUCUGCCUGUAGCCUACAAUCAUCGUGAUCUAGAUCAUAGAGGCACUUAUAUUUAGUGUACUUCAGUGUCCAUAGACACUGGACACAUAUUUUUGGUUUGCAUCUCUAUUUUUUACUUUUUGUUUCUCGCACACACACACACACACAAAAAAAAAAAAAUAGUCCACGAAGGAAAAAAAGACCGAGGAGAUGAGUGGAGGAGAGGUCGUGUGUGCGGGGUGGUUGAGAAAGUCUCCGCCUGAGAAAAAGUUGAGACGUUACGCAUGGAAGAAGCGGUGGUUUGUUCUUCGCAGUGGGCGUCUCACUGGGGAUCCAGAUGUCCUGGAGUACUACAAAAAUGACCACACCAAAAAACCCAUACGUGUCAUUGACCUGAACCUGUGCGAGCAAGUGGACGCUGGACUGACCUUCAACAAGAAGGACCUCGAGCACAGCUUCAUAUUUGACAUCAAGACCAUUGAUCGGGUGUUCUACUUGGUGGCGGACACCGAAGAGGAGAUGAACAAGUGGGUUAGGUGCAUAUGUGACAUCUGCGGGUUUAACCCAACUGAUGAAGAAUCAGGGAAACAUCCAAACCAAUGUGGCAACACGGUUGUGGAGGUGCCGCUUUUUUCAACCCCCUCGAUGAUGGGGGCCUCCUCCAUCGGCUCCCUGCCUCCCCCCUACCAGCCCGUAAACGUACGACACCUGGAGUCCUCAUCCAGCCAGGAGGAACCCCAGGACUACCUGUGGCUGUCCAACUGUGAAAGCAAGAGGCUUGAGCCAGCCAGUCAAGCGUCAUCUUUUGCUACAGAGGAGGGUGAAGAAGAGUAUCUGCUGCUGGAAGACUUUGAGAGCAAAAAAGCCCCUUUGCCAAGCCAGCCCCACGCUGAUUCUUCCAAGUCCACGUCUUCAGAGACAGACUGCAACGACAAUGUCCCAUCGCACAAGCCCCCAGCGGCCACCCCCAUCCCCACUUCCUCUAAACCCGCUUCCGUGAAUGGGUUUUUCCCACAGCCCAUUCUCUAUGACUCCCCUCCCUCCCGGGCUGUGUCUGUUUCCACUGAGUCCAGCCUUUACAACCUGCCCCGCAGCUACUCCCAGGACCCUGUCCUCCUGCCCACCAAGGCCACCUCCUCCCCACCUGUGACUGAUAGCGAGGACAUCUAUGUGUUUAACACUCCUUCCCGCAAGUCUUCAGUGGAGACACAGCUGCGGCAAUUUUCCAUCAGCUAUGACAUUCCCCCAGCGCCCGGUGGAGGCUCUACUUACCAGAUUCCUAGGACUGGUUGCCCCGAAAUGGUAGUGGGACAGUCUGCCUCCCUCCCAGACGUCCCCCCACCCCGGCCCCCCAAACCCUCUGUGACAGUCCCUGAGCGAUCCCCCACCGAGACUUAUUCUGUCCCGCGCUCCGUCUCGGAAACUGACAGCAACUACUGCAUCCCCACUGGACCUGGGAAGUCACUACGCAGCAACACACUCGCCACAGUGGAUUCCUCGCGUCUCUGGAAAGAUCAUGGUCCUCAGGAUUGCUAUGAUAUCCCAAGAACAUUUCCAACUGACAGAAGUAGUUCUCUUGACCUUAACGAAAGCUUCAAUAGCUACCUAAAGAACAAGGGCAUGGUGGCUAUUGUCGGCGGGCUCAGUGCCUCCACUGAAGAGAUGGACGAGAAUUACGUUCACAUGAGUGCCAAUUCCCCCUCCCAUCACCACUCCCGCAGCCUCUCUGAGCCAAUCCAAGAGCCCAACUACAUGCCCAUGACUCCUGGUACUACGGAGUUCUCCUCGCUGGGGAAGCAGGUCCCGCCCCCGGCUCACAUGGGCUUCCGCUCCAGUCCAAAGACUCCGCCCAGGAGAACGCUUCUCAUCAGCGACUGUCAGCCACCCCCUGUGGACAGGAACCUCAAACCUGACCGAAAAGGUCAGAGCCCUAUAAUAAUAAGAUCUAAACCGCUUGGUUUAGAGCGAACUGACUCUCAAACCGUAGGUGAUUUCCCAAGACGAUUCAAGGUUAAACCGGCUCCCCUAGAAAUCAAACCUAUGCCAGAAUGGGAGGAAUUCCAGGCUCCAGUCAGAUCACCCGUGACCAGAACAUUUGCCCGAGACUCUUCUAGGUUCCCUAUGCCUCUGAGACCACCUUCGGUGCACAGUACUGCCUCCAGCACUGACUCCCAGGACAGUGACGAAAACUAUGUAGCCAUGAACUCUAGUCAGUCUGCAGACGAACCAAAUGUAAAACUUGGAGCACAGCUGAGUGCCGAUGGUGGAAGCAGUCCGAUGGUGAAACCUAAAGGUGAUAAGCAGGUGGAAUAUUUAGAUUUGGACCUUGACUCUGGAAAAUCAACACCACCUAGAAAGAAGAAGAGCAAUGGUACAAGUAACACAUCGUCAGACGAGCGAGUGGAUUACGUAGUGGUUGACCAACAGAGAACUCAGGCACUGAAAAACACCCGAGAGGCGUGGAAUGACGGGAGGCAGUCCACAGAGUCAGAGGCUCCCUCAAAAGGCACAAAGUGACCAUUUACUUUUCCAGUGGUCAUAAAAUGAGACUUGAGGCAGAGACCUACCGCAGGUCAAAGACUAAACACAGAACAUGGAAUAAAACUGCCCUAGACCCAGGUGCUCAAUGGAGCACUAUUGUAUGAACUUUCGUCAAUGAAAGGAAAAAUAAUCCUCAGUGGUUUCGUUUACAAUGCAGCCUGUUUGAACUGAGUGUCCUACAGAGAUUGAUUGUAGAUGUAUCACACGUGGACUUAGAAUUUGUAUGUAAUAUUGUGAACAUGACAAAAAAUAAUCUACCUGUUUGUUUUGCCGGAGCCUUGAAAGAUGCCAGUACAGCUGAUGAAUUCAGGAACAGUGAACACUAUCAUAUUUUAGCUUUUUUUUAUAUAAAAGAACAGAUUAGAAUCAGAUCAAAUGUUCUGUUUGUUUUCUUGGAUAAUACACACACUUUUAUCACUGUCACUUUUUUUCUUAUUCUGGGUAGUAUUUGUGAAUUCAUUUUAGUUUAGCAUUUUAUUCAAGCCAGUGUUAUGUCAGAUUUUGACAAAUGCAAGCCUAUCACAGCUGAUUCAGUAUCAGCCUGUCCUUGAGGUGGCCUCUAAAUGCUAAUAUGAAAAUGUAAACAUUGAUUUCUUUUUUUGCUUUUUAAAUCUGCUUGUUGCCUUCUGGUUGUAGCAAAAUCUGUAAAUCUGUUAUUUCCUUGUUCUUUGCUCUACAUGUAGUAAAUGUACCAAAGUAGCCUGUGUAAAAUGUGUUAUGUAUAUUAAUGGAAGUGUCCUUUUUUAAGUGUUUUAAAUGUUUGUAUUAUUAAAAUAAAAUUGUGGAUUCGGCAGGAUAGAAUCCUGCACCUUUUGAGUUGA